GGGGCGGGGCCGGCCGCGGACGUCACUUCCGGUGUACACAGCCGGUCCGGGCGGUACGCUGGGAGCCGGGGCGCGUCGCAGGAAAUGACUUAGAGGCCUUAUGAAUACAUCUGUGCUUUCUUGCUUCAGACGUUACAACUGCAGGCCAACCCAGUCUGGAAGCACUUCUUACUAAUGUUACAAGGAAACCACUACCUCAGCAAACAAAAGAAAGAAGACACACAGUAACAAUGCCAUGCUUAAAGAAAACUUGUUUCCAGAAACCGUUACAGGAGAUUUGGAAGUUUUUAGCACUGAAAAGCAGCUUUCCAGCUGCAGUUUUGGAAAAAAAAGACUCAGAACCCUGACCGGCCAGUGGUCCCUGGAACAGUUCCCCACCCGCAUGUAUUGCUGCAGUGCCCAGGACAGUAAGAUGGACUACAAGCGGCGCUUCCUGCUUGGCGGGUCCAAGCAGAAGGUGCAGCAGCACCAGCAGUACCCGAUGCCUGAGCUGGGCCGAGCACUGAAUGCUCCCCUGGCAUCCACGGCCCCCUCUGCCCCACUGGGCAGUCUGACAGCUGCAGGCAGCUGCCACCAUGCCAUGCCCCACUCCACUCCCAUUGCUGACAUCCAGCAGGGCAUCUCCAAGUACCUGGAUGCCCUCAAUGUCUUUUGCCGUGCUAGCACGUUCCUCACAGAUCUCUUCAGCACCGUGUUCAGGAACUCACACUACUCGAAGGCCGCCAUGCAGCUCAAAGAUGUGCAGGAGCAUGUGAUGGAGGCUGCCAGCCGAUUGACCUCAGCCAUAAAGCCCGAGAUCGCCAAGAUGCUCAUGGAACUCAGUGCUGGGGCUGCAAACUUCACAGAUCAGAAGGAAUUCAGUCUCCAGGACAUUGAGGCAACAUCUAGAUUAAGAGAGAGAGGCUGUGAUGGACGCCUGGCAGGAAUCGAAGUCCAACAACUCUUUUGUUCUCAAAGUGCAGCAAUUCCUGAGCACCAGCUCAAAGAGCUGAACAUGAAAAUUGACAGUGCUUUGCAGGCAUAUAAAAUAGCAUUGGAAAGCUUAGGCCACUGUGAAUAUGCAAUGAAAGCUGGCUUCCACCUGAACCCGAAGGCCAUUGAAGCAAGUUUGCAGGGCUGCUGCAGCGAGGCGGAAGCUCAGCAGACGGGGCGAAGGCAGACACCCCCACAGCCCAUGCAGUGUGAGCUUCCCAUCGUCCCUGUGCAGAUAGGACCGCACUUCCUGAAGGGGGUCUCCUUUAAUGAGUCGGCUGCUGACAAUCUGAAGCUUAAGACGCAUACCAUGUUACAGCUCAUCAAGGAAGCAGGCUGCUACAAUGGAAUCACACCUCGGGAUGAUCUUCCUGUGACAGAAGUACUGAACCAGGUGUGCCCGUCCACGUGGCGGGGCGCCUGUAAGACUGCUGUGCAGCUGCUGUUUGGCCAGGCGGGACUGGUGGUUGUCGACACAGCACAGAUUGAAAAUAAAGAAGCCUACGCACCCCAGAUCAGUCUAGAAGGCUCCAGAAUUGUGGUUCAAGUUCCAUCCACAUGGUGCCUGAAGGAAGAUCCUGCAACAAUGUCCCUGCUGCAGAGAAGCCUGGAUCCUGAGAAGACCCUGGGUCUGGUGGAUGUGCUGUACACAGCCGUGUUGGACCUAAACCGCUGGAGAGCGGGAAGGGAACAAGCUCUGCCCUGUAUACAGAUCCAGCUACAAAGGGACAUUUGUGAUUUUGGGAACCAGGCUGACCUGCCCUCUGGAAAUGGAAGCAAAUCCUCAGGCCUGCAGAAGACCUUCUCCAAACUAACAUCUCGGUUCACCAAGAAGGUGUCAUGCACCAGCUCCAGCAGCACACACUAUUCCAAAACCGUCUUCACAACUGGGUGUUCAGAGGAGAAGGCCAAGAUGCCAGGCAAUAUUGAUACACGGUUACAGAGCAUUUUGAACAUUGGUAACUUCCCUAGGACUACAGACCCUUCCCAGUCGGCUCAGAAUUCCAGUAAUCCAAUGGUCAAUGGUUUUCUCCUGGAGAGUCAUGAGAACUUCCUGCAUGGGGAUGAUAGCAAGGAUGAGAAGGGCAUGAACUUACCCACUGAUCAGGAAAUGCAGGAAGUGAUAGAUUUUCUCUCAGGCUUUACCAUGGGCCAGUCCCAUCAGGGGUCCCCACUAGUGACAAGGCGUAAUUCUACUGCCACUGCCAUGGUGACUGAACAGAAGGCAGGAGCCAUUCAACCACAGCAGCCAUCACUGCCAAUGGCCCCUCCGCUACGGCCACCCCAGGCUGGAGCACACACGCCUCUGGCACCCCAGCAAGGUCUGGCACCUCAGCAGCAGUCUCCAAAGCAACAACAGCCCCAGGUCCAGUACUACCAACACCUGCUCCAACCCAUUGGAUCACAGCAGACUCCACCCCAGCCUCGGGCACCUGGGAAAUGGGUACAUGGCUCAUCUCAGCAGCCAGCACCGCCCAUGGCAGCGGGUCUGUCUCCUCUUGGUCAGUGGCCUGGCAUAUCUGAUCUCAGCUCUGACUUGUACAGCUUGGGCCUGGUGAGCAGCUAUAUGGACAAUAUGAUGUCAGAAGUUUUGGGACAGAAGCCACAGGGACCUAGGAAUAACACCUGGCCAAACCGUGACCAAAGUGAUGGAGUCUUUGGAAUGCUGGGAGAGAUUUUGCCUUUUGAUCCUGCAGUGGGCUCAGACCCCGAGUUUGCACGCUACGUGGCCGGAGUGAGCCAGGCAAUGCAGCAGAAGCGGCAAGCCCAGCAUGGCCGCCGGCCGGGCAAUCCCCGGGGCAACUGGCCGCCCAUGGAUGAUGCCCAUCGGACCUGGCCUUUGCCAGAGUUCUUCACAGAAGGGGACAGCCUGCACAGCGGCUGGGCAGGUGCUCAGGGAGACUCCGCCAGCUCCAGUGAUGAGACCUCUUCGGCCAAUGGGGAUAGCCUCUUCUCCAUGUUUUCAGGGCCUGACCUUGUGGCUGCUGUCAAACAGAGAAGGAAACACAGCAGCGGAGAGCAGGAGACCAGCACACUGCCCUCACCACCUCUUCUUACCACAGUGGAGGAUGUGAACCAGGAUAACAAAACCAAAACAUGGCCACCCAAAGCACCGUGGCAGCACCCUUCCCCACUGCCCAGCACGCUGCCCAGCCCUGCUGCACCUCUCUAUGGAGUCUCCAGUCCCGGCAGCCAGUGGAACGAUACCAUGCAGAUGCUGCAGUCCCCUGUGUGGGCUGCAACCAGUGACUGCAGUACCACCUCCUUCACCUAUGUGCAGACACCACCCCAGCCCCCACCUCCACCAGCACACAAGGCGGCGCCCAAGGGCUUCAAGGCCUUCCCUGGGAAGGCUGAGCGCAGGCCAGCCUAUUUGCCCCAAUACUGACCACAGCUAGCUUGUUGCCCAUCAAAGCCGUUGGGGCAACUGUCCCCAGGGCUGAGUAGCUGAUACUAGCCCCGAAAGGACCAGUGCACCCCUGUCCCAGGCACGGAAACGUUCCUUGGGUCAGAGGUGAUUGGCAGCUCCAAGUCUUUAAACCCUGAUUUCUUAAACUUUGAAGGUAGCAGACCCCUGGGAGACAGCUGAAGAUGGAGAUUCCUGACACUCAGGGGGAUGCUGGCAAUCUGCAUGCUUAACAAGCACCUCAGGUAAUCCUGGUGCAGGUGGCCAGAGGCCACACUUGGAAAACACAGUCCGAAGGUUGUCAGUCCUGCAUGUGGGAAAGGCAUGAGGCCUGCAGGCUGAGAACAAAGCUGACCAUUCUUUGAAACUCUCUUCUUGAACACACUGAGUGGGACCCACACCCAUCACUGAUUUUAUAGAUACUUCUCAUGUAGGUUUUCAGUUAAAAAUGUCUCCUGCCUAAAACACAGUGGCUAUCUUAAGACCCCAGGUACACUGGCUGGAGGCUAGCUCAGCGCUGGCUUCAUUUGAGCUUAUACAAGACACUGGUGAUCAGAAGCGGCCACCUGGCUUCCUCUGGGUUGGUAGUUCCUCUGCUCAGAAGCGCCCAGGGGUGUAGGCUCAUGUAAUUUACAAGAGCAGGAUUGGGAAGCCGCUCUCAGAGGCAUGCUCCUGGCCACGCUAUGGAGCCAGUUGGCCCACGUCGAGAGCAGAGUAAAGCUGCAUCUGCUGCCCUCAGCUCCUUCACCAUGACCAAGGCAGCACCCACACUCCCUGAAGGAAGGAACUGUGGGGAGGGGUUGCACCAAGACCCCCACACUCAGAACCACAGUGACAUCUGCAAGCUGGCUCAAAAGACAAAGGAAUUAUGAUGUAGACAGGAAUUCAAAGUCUCUGUUUAGUCAGCAACAACAAAAAACCACCUCACUUUUAGUUAACAUGUGCCAUUAAACAGAUUUGGGGAUAUUUUCCAGCCAGAAUGGAUCCAGAAGAAUUGAAUGGUGCUUCAAUUGAGAAAUAAUAAUAAAUAUAUCUAUAUAGAGUAGACAUUUCCCACUAUAUAUUAAUUGAGGUUGCAGAAAGUUCUUUAUAUAAAACUUAUUUAAAAUUUUCAUAUUUCAUCUUUGAAAAUGUCUAAUUGAGAAAAAUCCAUGAUAUUUUCUGGUAUGAAAGUUUGACAGUAUUAAUUUUUUUUAUAUUUUCUUAAAUCAUUAAACCAUUUUAAUAUAUGUUAACUACUAAUAAAUGGUUUAUUCUUUCUAACUCCAUGUAAGCUUUUCCAACAAAGAUUGUAAUAACACAUUUAUGUUCUCAUUUUUCUACAGAUAAAUUUAUAUUUAAAAAUACCAAAAAGAAUCUAUGUAUACACACACCGUCCACACGCACACACAGUUCACACACGAGAAUGCUAUUGAGGACCUGUCUGUCGGGUGUCUGAGCCCGGCCACCUGUUGUCAGUACUGUGUCUCCUCCAAGCUGCUGGAGGCCCUGGCUGUUGUCGUUUGUGCUGUGUGGGGGUGCCACUUCUGCCUGUGCUGACGAUCCUUCACCUCACCAUGUUUACAGAGAACUGUUUUGUACAUAGAGUUCCCCAGGCACGUACUUUACACCAGCCCUGUGUGGCUGCUGUCUGUGUUAGCUGUCACAGUGUGCACACUAAUCUGUUCAGAGUUCCUUGUGGCUGUUUUACUUGUAAAAACUUUGUAUUUCCUUCAGUAAUGUGUCCACAGUGCCCUGUGUUUCGAGUUCUAGUCCCCUGCAGUACUCAUUUUCAUAGUGCCUCCCUGAAGACCUCACCCUGGGCCAAGGUCCCUCCUUGGUGCCCCAGCACAGGUGACACUAACUGUCACCUCUGGUCUGUUUUUCUCUAUUAAGAAAGACAUUUUGUCUCCAUGGCUGUGAGACCGUGUGAAGCAGUUUGUGUAGUCUCCACAUAGGUGCUGUUACCAGCACCGCCUUGCCCUGAACACUGGUAAUCCCAGGUGCUGCGCUUGGCAGAGGCGUCUUGCCAAAGCGCAUGUAUGUGCGCGUGAGUGUGUCCUCAGCACGGCCAACGCAUGGCUGCCUUGCUCGGCAUCAGCAGGACAUCAUGUGAAUAGUUGUGACCUUCCAAACUGGAACUCGACAUUUUGUAUCUUACUUUUAAAGCUCCUAUAAGUAAAUAACUAUUGGCUUUAUUAAAAUAUACAUUUAAUAAUA